CGGAGCAGGUUUACUCAUUUGCAUUUUUCCUGCUGUCACAUCAGGUGUGUUCUGGAUUGUUUUCAGGUGAAAUCAUUUCUACAAUGAGAUCCAAAAAGGGGGAAAUGAAUUCUACAAGGGCAUCUAGCAUCAUGCAAGGGAUAACAUGUUGCAUGCUUUGGUGGCUGUUGUCUUUUGUAUCUCAUGGAAGCUUCUCCUGGAGCUGUGUAUCAGGAGCUUCCUGUGGCAAUUAUUGCAGUUCAGUUUGUAAUGAAACAUUCUCCAGCUGCUGUAUGAGGUAUACAACAAACAUCCUGGAUGGUUCAACCCAAACAAACCCUGCUGAAGCCUUGAUGAGCCUAGAAAAAAUUCUAGAAGAAACUCCAGUAAAAGGAGUCAUAAAUAUAUCUUCAGGCAAUUUUGUGGCUCUCCUCUUCAAACCCACUGGUUCCUUUACAGGCCUUGAAAUUUAUGCCAGUGACAAUGAGGCAGGAUUGAGUCAGGUCCCCAAGAGCAAAGUGCAUGUUCAGCUACCAAGCACUCUGAAUAUUGGACAACAGGACAAGAUUGUGUUCUCCUUGUUUAAGUUGCCUGAAACAAAUGGGACUGAUGCGGGAGUGUUAUAUGAUGUAUAUGAUCGAAGACUGGUUAUCCUGAGUGUGCAGGGCAAGCAAAUAUCAGGUCUUAAGGAUCCUGUCAACAUCACCAUAAACUUUAAGGAUAUAAAUAAAACCCAGGAACCCUCCUGUCAGUUCUUUAAUUUUUCAACAAACAAUUUCAGUACGGAUGGCUGUCACACUCGGUGGACUGAUGGUCAGAGUAAUGUCACCUGUUCCUGUGACCAUUUCACAUACUUCGGCGUGCUCAUGACGUCUCCUUCUGUGCACGUCUCAAAAAAAGAAAUUGAGAUAUUAGCAUACAUUUCUGUGAUUGGCUGUAGCGUGUCUCUCUUUACUCUGAUCAUCACCGUUUUACUCUUCAUCACAAACAGGACGCUCAGAAAAGAUGUUUCUAUGAACAUCCACAUCAAUCUCGUCAUCGCCCUGAUCCUCCUCAACCUGCACUUCCUGCCCAGUCAGGCAGUGGCAGCACACCCCUCCACUUGGCUCUGUUUCUACAUGGCUCUUGCCCUUCACUACUCCCUGUUGGCCACUUUCACCUGGAUGGCCUUGGAGGGGUUCCACCUCUACCUUCUCUUAGUCAAAAUCUUUAACAUUUCUGUCAGCAGAUACAUUCUCAAACUCAGUGUGGUGGGAUGGGGUGUUCCUGCAGUCAUUGUGUCAGUGGUGGUUAUCAUAGACAGAGGCUUUUAUGGCCAUGUCCCUCUAGACAGAUCAAACUAUGAUGACACGAAAAUAUGCUAUAUAUCUAAUGAAACAGUGAAGGCGGUCACUACUACUGGACUGUUCACCAUGGUGUUCCUCUUUAACAUGAUCAUGUUUAUGGUGACAGUCAAACGUGUUUUGAAUGUUGGGUAUAACAAAGAGCUUCGCCGCAAAAACGCCAAGCAAGCAAUUUUUCCCCUGCUGGGUGUCUGCGCUCUGCUCGGCAUUACCUGGGGCCUGGUCUUCUUCUCGUUCAGUAACCUGACCAACAUUUCCCUCUACCUUUUCUGUCUCCUGAACUCACUGCAAGGUUUUUUCAUCUUCCUGUGGUUUGUAUGUUCAUUAAGAAGGCUUAAAAAAUCAGCUGAAGCAACUUCCUCCAGUAAGAUGAUCAACAGCAAAUAACAAGAGUUCGAGAAGUGUGUUCAUGGAAUUUACUUUACUUUACUUUACUUUACUUUAUUGAUUUAUAUAUCAAUCUUCACAGGAUAAAAACCACAAAGUGCUUCACAAUAAUAUAAAACACAUAAACAUAAAACAGUACAAUCAAACAUACAGUACAAAUCUAAUUAAAAGCUAAUCUAAAUAAGUGAGUCUUAAGAUGAUGUUUAAAAGAAUAAAUAAAAUUCCGGAGGGAGAGAAUUCCACAACCUGGGGGCCACCACUCUAAAAGAUCUAUCAACUCUGGUUUUAAAACGUGUUUGGGGAACUACCAACAGCCUUUGAUUAGAUGAUCUCAGGCUGCGAGAAGGAGUGGGAGGUUCUAAGAGAUCAGAAAUAUAGGCAGGAGCGUCAUGAUUCAAAGCUUUAAAGUCAGUUUUUAAAAGGACAGUUUAUGGACUUCCAAACUGUUCAGCUCUACUGCUCAGAAGAGCAGAAUAUCAUCAGCAUAAAAGUCAGGGAACUGCCUAAUUUCACAUUAUAAUUUUGGCUUUAGAUUGUCUGCAUGUAUAACCAUGUACCAUGUGUAAUGAAAUGGGAUGAGGGAUUUAUCUUUCCAAGAUAUUAUGUUUAGAUAAGAUGUUUAUUCAAGUUUCUUUUCUUCUAUGAAGGGCAAUUCUGUGAAAAUUGUGAAAUGGUGAAACUGAGAGAAUAAUUUCUGCAGAAAAUCCUGAUCUGACCUGAUCUUUCUGUCCUGAUUGGUCCUGGUUCAUUGUCUGUCAAGUCAUCUAUUCUACUUUUAUACAAUGCAUAAGGAUCUGAUCUUAGUUUUAGUUGUGUAGAGCUCUGACAUUUGUAAUUCUGAUAUUCUGGUAUUGUUAUCUAGAUAAUUACUGCAUAUCAUAUUUUAUGUGAGAUUUUUAAAUAUAUCUUCAGGUGUGUCUUCUUACAUAUAUAAAAUGCAUUUGUGAAUACUUUCAGUACUAUUUUGCUUAUCUAAGCAUGUAUCUGUAUCUGAGUUUACCAGAGGCUAUCAUGUCAAUAUAAACAAUAAAAACUGGAAAUUG